UCCGUCGAGAGAGUUUUCUUAGAGAUCGGCGAAGAACGAAAUGUUGGCUAGGGUUUGCAGAUUCGAGUCUUCGUCUUCUGUGCCUGCGGCUAGAUUGUUCUGUACGAGAUCGAUUCGUCAUACUCUGGCCAAGAAAAGCAGUGGCAAAGCAGGAGGUUUUGGAGGAGAGAGGUUGAAGCUGCAAAGUGGGUUUCAUGAAAUCAAAGGGUUAGAUGAUGCGAUUGAUUUGUUCAAGGACAUGGUACGGUCUCGUCCCCUCCCUUGUGUGAUUGAUUUCUGUAAAUUGCUGGGAGUUGUGGUGAGGAUGGAAAGGCCCGAUGUCGUGAUAUCUCUCCAUAGGAAGAUGGAAAUGCGGCGGAUUCCGUGUAAUAUAUACAGCUUCACCAUUCUGAUAAAGUGUUUCUGCAGCUGCUCUAAGCUGCCCUUUGCUCUGUCUACGUUUGGUAAGAUCACCAAGCUUGGUUUUCAUCCCAGUCUCGUUACCUUCAGCACCCUGCUCCAUGGUUUUUGUGUGGAAGACAGGGUUUCUGAAGCCUUGGGUUUUUUUCGUCAAAUUUGUAAACCAAAUGUCAUAGCAUUUACCACGCUGAUGAACGGUCUUUGCCGCGAGGGUCGAGUUGUCGAAGCUGUAGCUCUGCUUGAUCGGAUGGUGGAAGAUGGUCUCCAGCCUAACCAGAUUACUUAUGGAACAAUUGUUGAUGGGAUGUGUAAGAUGGGAGACACUGUGUCUGCGUUGAAUCUGCUGAGGAAGAUGGAGGAGGUGAGCCGCAUCAAACCCAAUGUUGUAAUCUAUAGUGCCAUCAUUGAUGGCCUUUGGAAAGACGGACGUCAUACCGAUGCUCAAAAUCUUUUCAUUGAAAUGCAAGAGAAAGGAAUCUCUCCCAAUUUGUUUACCUACAACUGCAUGAUCAACGGUUUUUGUAGCUCUGGUAGAUGGAGCGAAGCCCAGCGGUUGUUGCGAGAAAUGUUUGAAAGGAAGAUCAGCCCUGAUGUUGUAACUUUCAGUGUAUUGAUCAAUGCAUUGGUCAAGGAAGGCAAGUUCUUUGAGGCUGAAGAAUUAUACAAUGAGAUGCUUCCAAGGGGUAUAAUCCCUAAUACAAUCACAUAUAAUUCAAUGAUCGAUGGCUUUUCCAAACAGAAUCGUCUUGAUGCUGCGGAACGCAUGUUUUAUUUGAUGGCUACCAAGGGCUGCUCUCCGGACGUAAUCACUUUCAGUAUCCUCAUAGACGGAUAUUGUGGGGCUAAGAGGGUAGAUGAUGGAAUGAAACUUCUCCAUGAGAUGUCUAGAAGAGGAUUAGUUGCUAACACAAUUACUUACACCACUCUUAUUCACGGGUUCUGUCAGUUGGGCAAUCUUAAUGCUGCUCUAGACCUUUUACAGGAGAUGAUUUCUAGUGGUGUGUGCCCUAAUGUCGUCACUUGUAACACUUUGCUGGACGGUCUCUGCAAUAAUGGGAAACUAAAAGAUGCAUUGGAAAUGUUUAAGGUUAUGCAGAAGAGUAAGAUGGAUCUUGAUGCUAGUCACCCCUUCAAUGAUGUGGAACCUGAUGUUCAAACUUACAAUAUAUUGAUCUGCGGCUUGAUCAAUGAAGGGAAGUUUUCAGAGGCCGAGGAAUUAUACGAGGAGAUGCCCCACAGAGGUUUAGUCCCUGAUACUAUCACCUAUAACUCAGUGAUCGAUGGAUUAUGCAAGCAGAGCCGCCUAGAUGAGGCUACACAAAUGUUUGAUUCAAUGGGUAGUAAAGGCUUCUCUCCCGACGUAGUGACCUUUACUACCCUCAUUAAUGGCUACUGUAAGGUAGGAAGGGUUGGUGAUGGGCUGGAGGUUUUCUGCGAGAUGGGUCGAAGAGGAAUAGUUGCUAAUGCAAUUACUUACAGAACCUUGAUUCAUGGGUUUUGUCAAGUGGGUAAUAUUAAUGGAGCUCUGGACAUUUUCCAGGAGAUGAUUUCAAGUGGUGUGUAUCCUGAUACCAUUACUAUUCGCAACAUGCUGACUGGUUUAUGGAGUAAAGAGGAACUAAAAAGGGCAGUGGCAAUGCUUGAGGAUCUGCUGAUGAGUGUGGGAUAUCAGUUGGAGGAUGAAUGAAAGACAUUUUUCAUGAAUCUCAAUUGGUUUCGCCUCCGAUUUAACCAUUGGACCUAAGCUUGGUUAGUCGGUUAUGUCCGGUUCUGGUCCAACUUCUCCUUUUACUGACGGAGGCACUUACUUUGAAGUCUCUGAUCCACCAAAGCUAUUGAGCCGUGAUAGACUGCGUUGCUCCAAGACUGAUACAACUCCCAAGGAGCAGAAGAUUGCGGUUUCAUCUGAUCUUGAUGCCGAUCAUGUCAUUAGAUGCGUUGAUCAGAAGCUUAAGAAAAACGUUCCCUGAGGCAUCUACAUCGUCUAACCAAGAAGCAGCUCAACAGUCCUCUCUCGGGUCCUAUAAAGAAUUCGAUUUUGGCACGGAUGAGAAACAUUUGACAGUUGAUGAUGAACAUAGAGCUUACCAAGAAGAGCAACGAUUGGUCCGUCCUUGUGAUGCAGUCAGGUACCCUUAUAGCUCACCCCACCUGAUAUAGAAUUUGAGUUUAGUACUCAAUUUGGACACAAUCCACCACACAAAGAUCUUGUUCAAGAUUCAAGAACGAAAAGUCAGAUAGAGAUUUUAUUACCCUUUUGAACACAAGUAUGAUGUUUUUAUAUAGAUUCUUUUUGGUAAUUAUGUUCAGGAUCUUGGGAUUAUUUCUUGUCUAUCUUUUUUGUUUUUUGUAAUAAAUAUUUGCCAGUUGUUAUAUAUGGCUUUAUCUUUCUAUAGUUUUUCUGUAACUUGCGCAUAUAUAUCAGUUUUUAGUUCUGUU